AUGCGAGUGCUGCUCGCCAACGGCCUAACGGAGCACCGCACAUGUUGCGCGUGCGGCGAGCCGAUCGCCGACCGGUUCCUGCUGGAGGUGGGCGGCGGCGCGUGGCACACCGGCUGCCUGCGCUGCUGCGUGUGCGCCGUGCAGCUGGACCGCCACCCCUCCUGCUUCCUGCGCGACCGCCAGGUCUACUGCAAGCAGGACUACGCCAAGAGUUUCGGCGCGAAGUGCUCCAAGUGCUGCCGGGGCAUCUCGUCGUCGGACUGGGUGCGCAAGGCGCGCGAGCAGGUGUACCACCUGGCGUGCUUCGCGUGCGACGCGUGCGGCCGCCAGCUGUCCACAGGCGAGCAGUUCGCGCUGCACGAGGACCGCGUGCUGUGCAAGCCGCACUACCUGGAGACGCUCGAUGGCGGAUCCAUUUCGUCUGAUGACGGGUGCGACUCGGAGGGCUACCACAAGAGCAAGGCGAAGAGGGUGCGCACCACCUUCACGGAGGAGCAGCUGCAGGUGCUGCAGGCCAACUUCCAGCUGGACUCGAACCCCGACGGCCAGGACCUGGAGCGCAUCGCGCAGGUCACGGGGCUCAGCAAGCGGGUCACGCAGGUCUGGUUCCAAAACAGCCGGGCGCGGCAGAAGAAGCACCAGCAUACCGGCAAGGGGAAGCAGAAUCAACUGAUAUCGCGGGACGCGGACCCGGUGGGGUUUGGCCGGCCCAUCAACCUGCACCUCACCUACUCCUUCCAGAACAAGCCGCCUUUUGUCCCAAUAGAUGGGACGUCUUUCACGGAUUCGUCGAUGGAUGAGCUCUCGGAGGACUCGUCCAUCCACUGCAUGCAGAGCGAGGUGUAGGCCUGCAGCAAGAAGUUCAAGACUCCGGUUCAUCAGAUACUUUUAUAGAUUAGUUUAUAAUUAUUCAUGCAUUUGGUUGUGUCUUUUUCUACUAGAUGAAUUAUCUUUAAAGCAUUAGUAAUUUAAGGUUUGAUGUUUCAGAACUGAAGUGACACUCAAAGCUCUAUUCAAACUUGAAUCCAGGCAAGCAUAAGUUGAAUUUCAACGUAUGCUUGCCUGAAUUUCAGUUUGACCUACGUUAACCACAGGCUUAAAUCUUUUCUUGAAUGAAAGUAAUAUUUUGAGUGUCAUUUCAUAACACGUAAGUAAAAUAAUUAUGAUUCAAAGAUUUUAUUAUAAGCAUGUAAACUCAGUACCUCUAAACACGAAAAACUUUCGACUUCGAAUUCGCCAUCGAAAGAUUUAAGAUUUAGUAUGAAAAAACAACUUAAACAGUGCCCCUGUUAACAUGACGUAAGUGAACUUUUGAACAAUGGUAGCACGAAACUAAUUUUGACAGUCGACGUCGUCACGUUAUCGUUGAAUUCGAAGGCUGGGCGUCGAAUUAUGUCGAAUACGCAAACGAUUCGAAGACGAAAGUUUUUCGUGCUAGAGCUACAGAGUUUGUUUAAAGUCCAUAAAUAUUUAUUUUGUAGUGAAUUCGCGUAUUCAGCAGUAAAGGAUCUUCUGAUUGCGGGAAUUUAUCAUUUUAAUAACAGAAGGGCUAAAUAUAUCAGCAGGGCUAAGGCUUUUUCUUCAUGAAUAAAUUAGAAAGCACGCCCGUUCGACGUUUCUGUUUUUUUUUUCUAAUUAGUAUAGUAAAAGUUGUGUUAUGAAAACAUUUAAAAUUUAUUUGUUUAUCUAUUUCAAGUAUCUGGUGACUGGAGUCUCGUGGAACAUAUCCAGACAUUGAUUUAUUGUUGUUUUUGUCACCUUCAUUUUCACAGUCGCUGUAAAUACUGCUUGCAUCAACAUUUGUUAGUAAUAUAUUUGCAUAUGUUUAAUAUCAAUAUCUUUACUGUUGGGGCUUAAAACUGUAGAUAAGUGUGUUUCACAAGCAAAUAAUUCAUCUAAAAUAGAGUCUUUUACAAAAAAAAUAUAAGUUGAGUUCUUCUUGAAUUCAGUCUCCCACGUAGUUCAAUUAAUUAAAAUACAUAUUAUUGAUUGUAUCUUCUAUUAUCAACCUAAGCAUUACUGCGAAAACAUUUUUGGAGUGUAGAUAACCUUUUCGGAUUAAGAUUUACCAUCCCACGUACCUAAUGCUAGACAAAUAAAGGACAACCCUAUUUUGAGAUGUAAGUUUUGUUUUAAUGAGUAAAUCAAAAAAGGGCUGGCCUAUUUUUGUCCACCUGUGGGCAUAACUAACGGCUUGAUUUCACAAUCGCGAAAGAAUUUUGCUGAAAAAUUACUACGAAUUACUUGUCAGUCAAUUGUACUUUUAGAUGUGCCCCAACGUCGUCGACUCAUUUCCUCUUUCUAACUAGAACUUAUACAAGGUCUACUUAAUGCAAUAAUACACUUUGAUACUUACCCAAAAUAAUUAAUAAGAGCACCACAUUAUUUAUUAUAUUGGUGACAUAUGUAGAUUGAUAGAUAUAAAAUAUGUAAACAGUUAUUAAUUUAAUUUAGAUUAUAUCUUAAUGGUACGGUAGCCUACUGUUUUCUGAUAUUUAUUGUAAAAAGUUAUAUUUAUUUAUUUAUUUCUAGUAACUGUGAUACGUUCGCUGUCAAAAAUUUGUUGUUAUAGUUACUUGGCCGCUAAUGUUCUAUCUAAGUUUCGUCACUCACGUUUUACUAUGUUAUAUACAGACUCAUGUCGUCACUGUAGUUUUGAAAACUGAAAUUUGCACUAUUUUAUGUUUUCCUCACUGGAAAACCAUCUCGACUUAGUAUUUAACACAUCAUGUUCCCUCUCAAUAAUUUUAAAAACCUUUUCUAAGUACAUCAGCAACUAGCUAUAGAUACAGUUGGAGAUUUUAUGAUCACAUUGGUCUUUCGCCAUAAUUUUGUCAUUCGUAGCAGAGCUCUUGAAAGAUUAUCUUGUAAUUUCUGUUAGUUCUACAUACAAAAGUCUUACGAGUAUUGAAUAAAGAAAAAUAUUUAUGCAAUGUAAGGUGUUCCCAUUGCAUGGGAACAUAGCAUGAUAGAGCACAUUACGAGUUGGUAUCUUUUUCCCUAUUCUUCUAGUGAAAAUCGUAUCUACACCACCACUUUGUACUUACGAUGUGUUAAUUUAAGACUUCUAAUCUAAUAUAAGUAUUCGACGCAGUUAGGAAUAAUUUUAUACCUACGCUUUCUACAGAAUAAUCUUGAAUGUACUUAAGUGGGACUAAAUAGCUGUCUCUAAAAUUCUGAAAAAUAUCUUAAUAUAUGUAAUAAAUAUUAAAACUUAAAUAAUUUAUUGUUGUAAAAUAGUUAUAUCUACAGAAUGUAUUUUGUGUAUCGAAAUAUUUACGGCCUAUCUUGAACCUCUACUAUCUGAAAAUGGGUGUUAAUCAAUCUUCAAUAUUAACAAUAUUUAUUCACGAUUAAUGAAAUGAAACAAGAUUGAUUGGUAAUAAAAUUGGAAACUUUGUUAGAGCAAUUAACGUUUUUAAAAAUUUCAAUAAAUUCAAUACACUGAUAAAAAUUGAUUAAAAUGUUGUUUUAAAAUGCAACACGAGAAAUUAAUUUAUUGGUUUCCAGCUAUCUAAAUGAAAAUUGUGUCAAACAUUGUGCCAAGAAAAGUGAUUGCUGAGAAAUGUUGAUAGAGAUACUUACUAUUGCCCUAAACUCUUGUUAUUAUUAAACAUUAUUUAUGUAUUAAUAUUACUGUUAGUAAUAAGGUCCAUAAAAAGUAUUUAACUUUGUAAUUUUAUAGAACCGUGCCAAUUUCUGGAGACAACGCAUUUUACACUUCAAGUAGCUGUACCGCACGCUUUCAAAGUACGUAUAUUCAGAUUUGUAUAAAGUUAUUUUAGCAAGCCUUUGUUUUGCAAUGUAGUGUAGGCCGUCAAUGACGUCGGUUUAGUUAUCUUGUGCAGUAUUGUAAAUAAACUUCCUUCGAAUUUCACUUGUAAAUUGUAGCGAUCUAUUUAUCUUAGAGUAAGCGAGAUAGCGCGUCAUCUUGUCAUUUUUAUGUAAAAGUUAGCCACUAAUCGAGUACUAGGUACUAAGUUUAUUCUGUACAAAUUAUUAAAUAUAUUAUGUUGAUUAAAAAUUUAUUGAUGUUUCAGUUACACGAAUCACCUUAACCUAAAAUAAAUUCGAACAGUGUUCCUUAGUAUGACUACCUACUAAAGAAACCAAAAUACCUACAUUAAAAUACUUAUAAUAUUGAACAAGAUUAUUAAAAAAUAUUCACUUUACAUCAAUUCAGGUAAAUUACAACGUAUAAAAACAAUCCGUAAAUUAAAAAACUUAAGUAAAAGUAAAACUUAAUACUCAAAUUCAGAGUUAAUUUCAAUGUAAGUACCUAUCAUUUACACUGAUGAGUAUUUCAGUUAUUUUAUUUAACCUAUACUGGGUUAUCGUUAUUCCUUAAUCUUUUUAACAAAUUGUGUUUAUAACAAGCAAAUUAAACAAAUUUUAUUAUUAUCAACAUUACAACAUCGUAAACGAUUAAAUUUUACUUUCAUAACAAUAUUUAAAACAAAACUGUUUACUGUCGGGGUCAUUAUCAUUACGAUAACAUCAUAAUAUGUGAUGCAACUUAUUUUUGAUCUUACCUACUAUCUAACGGACAGCCUUAACAAUUAAAUAACUUAUGUACCUAGAUCUACUUAAAAUACUUUCCCAAACUGAACUUUGAAAAAGAGAAUGACUACAAAAUCUAUCAGAAACGUUUCACGUUUUUUUUUCAACUUGGAGAAGUAUUUCAAACAGGUCUAACCUAAAGGUGUGUCUAUAUUAUCCCUACAGUUUCUCCAUGACGUUGAGGA